GGCUCUAAAGAGUUAAUGAGUAAUGAUAAAAGCAGUUUCCUGAGAAUAAACGUCAAUCAAACAAGCAGCCCUCAGAUUGAGAUGGUGGUGGACAAUGAUACGAGCACCUCUAAUGAAACAAUAAGCAAUGACACGGUUAGCUUUAAUAACAUGCCACUGCCAGUGGUUAAUGAGACAAUCAGCAGCUCAAAGACCCAAGAGAUGAACUACACUCUUAGCACUAAUGCAACAAUGAGAAACGACAUAAUCAGCUACAAUACGCCACUGCCAGGUGCUGAUGAUGACAGGAUGAGCAGCUCUUCUAAUUUGACAACGACCAACGAUUUAGUCAGCUCCAAUAUGUCAGUGCCAGUGGUUAAGAGCAGCAGCUCUGAGACGCUAGAGAUCAACAGCAGAAACAGCUCUCAGCAAGUCAGGGAUGUUGUACCAGAGAAAAUGAAGCCAAUUUGCAAUCUAGAAGGAAGAACAGAAUAUUGUGAAAUGAAUGGAGAUAUAAGGAUCGAUGGAAAAUCUUCCACAGUUUUCAUGGCUGAUUCAUCUCAAGCUGCAGGUAUCUUGGUAGAAAACAGCUCGUGGAUUAUCAGUCCUUAUGCUCGAAAGGGAGAUGAAGAGGCGUUGAAUCGUGUAACGAAAUGGUCUGUAAAAUCAGGGGUGGAUGGCUAUGCAGUACCUCAAUGCAAUCAAAAUCACAGAGUUCCAGCCAUCAUUUUUUCCCUUGGGGGAUAUGCUGGAAACAAUUUCCAUGACUACACCGACAUCGUUAUUCCUCUAUAUUUAACUUCUCGACAGUUUGAUGGAGAAGUGAAGUUUCUUAUUACUGACAGAAAUCCAUGGUGGAUUAACAAGUUCCAAAAUGUACUACGAACUCUGUCUGGAUACGAGUUGAUCGACAUUGAUAAAGAAGAAAACGUUCAUUGUUUCACAACUGUGACCGUUGGCCUGAAGCGUUAUCCUAAAGAGCUGAGUAUUGACCCUUCAAAAUCACCUUAUUCCAUGAAAGACUUCAGGCAGUUUCUGAGAAGUGCUUAUUCCUUGAAGAAAGACACGGCCAUCAAGAUGAAGGAUAAUGGUGGGAAGAGACCUCGGCUUCUCAUUCUUUCAAGAAAGAGAACCCGAGCAUUUACAAACGCAAAUGACAUUGCUAAAAUGGCAAGAAGGUUAGGCUUCAAAGUAGUUGUUGCGGAGGCAGACUCGAACGUAGCAAGAUUUGCAGAAAUUGUGAAUUCUUGUGAUGUUAUGAUGGGGGUUCACGGAGAUGGGCUAACCAACAUGGUUUUUCUUCCUGAGAAUGCAAUAUUAAUGCAAGUUGUUCCCAUUGGAGGGUUCGAAUGGCUGGCCAGAACCGACUUUGGAGAGCCCUCAAAGUACAUGAACUUAAGGUACUUAGAAUACAAGAUUAAAACAGAAGAGAGUACUCUGAUACAACAAUAUCCACCACAACAUGAGGUGUUGAGCAAUCCUGCUUCCAUUGAGAAACAAGGUUGGUAUGCAUUCAAGUCAGUGUAUUUGGAGAAACAGAAUGUCCACCUUGAUGUGAAUAGGUUUAGACCCACGUUGUUAAAAGCUCUUGAGCUUUUACAUCAGUAAAUAUUGUAGUUUUUCCUAAAUUUAUUU